UCCAUUAAAAUGAAGUUGCUUCUGGUCUGCUACUUCUCUUCCUCGCUCUUCUGCUCAGUAACCAUGCUGGAUUGUUUAAGAUACAACAGUAAUUCAGGAUUGUGGAGCACCACAUUUUCACAACACUGUCCAGCAGGCAACUUAUGUGCUGCUUUGAUAUACAAUUAUUCUGUGCCAGGGUUGAAAGUGAAAAUGAUUGGAGAGAUUCAUGACUGCCUUCCACAGGCUGUAUGUAAUCACGCAAAUAAAAGUGGAUUGGAAACCACUUACACAGCUAAUGUUGGAGUGGCAAUGGGUUUUCUAUUCAUCUCUUGCUGUAAUUCUGAUAACUGCAACCGCUUCGUUGUUCCUGAGUCAAGCAACAAGCCAAAUGGACUUCAGUGUUUAAUCUGCAAUGGAUCAAGAUACACGGCAUGCAGCUCUUCCAUUUCUUGUGUAGGAAAUCAAGAUCAUUGUAUGACUGGAACAGUUUUGACCUUGGCAAACUUAACAAUCAAGGGAUGUGCCUCUAAAGGUUUCUGUGAUGCAAAUUUUCAAAAUUCCACGUUGGCAGAUGUCCGCUGUUGCUCAGGAAACUUCUGUAACGUCAGCAAUGCCUCGAAUAGGCAGGAUGUCGGCCUGUUACUGAUGAUCCUAAUUGUUAUUGAACUCCUCCUAUAA